CAGAGACUCGCUCACUCUCGCGCUCCUGCUAGCGGCGGUCCGGUGUGAGGGGGCAGGGAGACGCGCUACUCUCCAGCGGUAUUCAAGGCAGUUUCCAGCAGUCUCUUCUAGGAGGAUGAACGCAGACAUGUGUGGAGAAUCCGUGUUUUAACCUUGAGCAACGGGAGUUUGUCCUACUUUCAUAGAGAAGUGAAGCAACGGCGGCUCGGAUCUGCGUGAACUUCAGCCGCGUUUGGAAGCGGUGAGCAGCGGGACGUUUCUUCUGAAGGUCGAGUCUUUAUGGACAGUGUUUCUCAAACACUCUUCUCGUAGUCCACGGUGUGUGUGUGUGAGCAGAGCUGGAUACUGCUGUGAGACUCUGGGGAUGAGUAAAGUCUCCAUACGUCCAGGAUCUCUGCAGCUUUUAGGAGCCGGUCUCCAGGCAUCUGUGCAAGAGCGUGUGUCCUGGGCGCGUGUUCACCAUGGCUCUAGUUCAGGCACUGCCUGUACCCACUGAUCACCCAAAGCCCAGUACUGACGUCCAGCAGUGCUGCUCAGCAUCUCACUCCCCCACUGUUGAUGCCACAGGCACCAUGGGUUCUGUCAGCAGCCUCAUCUCUGGACGUACCUACCAGGAGCGCCACUGUCGAGCCGCCAGUGACUUUGGUGCCAGGUAUCGCAAACCCACACCAGCUACAAGCUGUUUUCGACAACAAGAGGGCACGCUGCGCAGCUCCAGCUCACAAGAGCAGCUUCUGACCAGUCAGCCUCCUCUACCCGCUAAAAACAAGUCUUCUGCCCUCAUCUUGGCUGGCAAUGGCAAUUAUGGCUAUUUGAGUGAUGAGCCAGUGGGCGAUUGGAAUGAUAAUCACGUGAACACAUGCAGCCCAUCCAGUGAUACCGAAGAACCUCCUGAUAACAGAGGCAUGAAUGGUAACAUCGGUGGACCUCCGCCCAAACUUGUCCCAGUGUCAGGCAGGCUAGAAAAGAGUAUGGAGAAAAUACUGAUCCGGCCCACUGCCUUUAAGCCUGUUGUGCCGAAGAAUCGCAACUCUGUGCAGUACCUGUCUCCAAGAUCAGGAGGCAGUCUGUCUGAAAGCCAGGGCAGUCUCAACCUCUUGCUUCCUGGCACUGGAACAGGCUGUCAGGAGAAGCGCAACUCAUACAGUGGGGGACGCAAUGCACGGAGUAGCCAAUCCUGCACUAUGUCAGACUCAGGCCGCAACUCCCUCUCCAGCCUACCAACUUACAGCAGCACAGGGUACAGCCUGACACAGAGUGAGGUACCUAACGGGCACAUAGAAACCACACGCUCUGGUGUUGGCCAUGGACACUCUAACUCUGACAGUGGACGAUCCUCAUCCAGUAAGAGUACAGGGUCUUUAAGUGGGCGUGGCCAGCCCCUCUCAGACAGCGGUUCAUGUGGCCGCUCCCCAGCUCCAGGAGAGGGAUAUGAAGGUGUCAUUCGGGAACUUGAAGAGAAGCUGAGGGAAAGAGACUUGGAGCUGCAGCAACUCAGGGACAACCUGGAUGAAAAUGAGGCAGCCAUAUGUCAGGUGUAUGAGGAGAAACAAAAGCGCUGUGAGCAAGAGAUGGAGGAUCUUCGGCAGAGCUGUGCAUCAAAAAUGAAGCAGGUGCAGCUGAAGGCACAACGUGCUCAGCAAGUUCUACAGUUGCAGGUGUUUCAACUGCAGCAGGAGAAAAAGAAAUUACAGGAGGACUUCUCCCAACUGCUGCAGGAACGGGAGGCAUUGGAAAAGAGAUGUGCCUCCUUUGAGAGGGAGCAGACUCAACUUGGCCCUCGUCUAGAGGAGACAAAGUGGGAGGUGUGUCAGAAAUCAGGGGAGAUCUCUUUGCUGAAACAGCAGUUGAAGGAUGUGCAGGCAGAUCUUGGCCAGAAGGCCAAUGAAAUUGUUGCUUUGAAGGCCCAGUUGAGAGAGGCUCGUUCUGAGCUUCAAGCUAGCCAGGCUCGCUCUCAAGAAGCCCAUGCCACAGCUCGCACACGCACACUUGAACUGGAGGUUUGCGAAAAUGAGUUGCAACGCCGUAAAAGUGAAGCUGAGCUCCUGCGGGAGAAGAUGGGUCGUUUGGAAGAAGAGUCCCUUCGUCUUAAAGAAGCUAUGGCUGUGCCCACACCCCAAACUCUUCCUUCUAAGGGCCAAUGCAUGAGCUUACCACUCCCCCAAAGCCGUGGGGGAAUUGGUCAUGGGAUAAGCCCUGCUUUCCGGGACAACAGCAGUGAAGAGCAACUUCUUGUAUAUGAGAGUGAUGAAGCAAAGGCACAGCGCCAGAGCGUAGAUGUGCUUCAUGGUCUUCGUCAGCAGGUGGACCGCCUCCGGGCAGAGCUGAUGUACGAGAGGAGACGAAGUGAAGACCAGCUUGAGGGCUUUGAGGAUGAACGCAGGGUGUGGCAGGAAGAAAAAGACAAGGUGAUUCGUUACCAGAAGCAGCUGCAGCAGAACUACAUCCAGAUGUACCGCAGAAACCGCGACCUUGAGCGUGUGAUGAGGGAACUUAGUCUGGAGCUCGAAAACAGGGACAUGGAGGAGUUUGACAUGCGUAGCAACGAGAUCCAUUUUGAAGAGAUAACUGCCACUGAAAUCUAACCCACAUCUCCACUGUGCUUGUAAGAAGCACCAGUCUUCUUCACUGCAGUGUCAUUUGGCAUGCUUCUAUAUACUAUUUCAAAUAGACGUAUGAUAAAGACGUGUCCACAGAGGCCAAUAAAACAGGGAAUGUUUGUAUUUAGACAUCUUUAUGAUCACUUCCUGCCUCAGAAACCUGUGAGGGACCUCAGAUGAAUGUACAAUUACUGUGUCCUGCAGUUAAUUGGUGCCACUGGUGAAGGGAAGGAUGUACUCAAAGAUGGUGCUUUGUUCCUAGUACCACUAGUGCUGUUAAUUAGCUCAAUUAAAAAAAGGCACAUUUAAAUCACCUCUUGACCAAAACAGAAUUGAUAUAAUAGGCAAUUUUCCCACAGGAAAUUCACAAACGAUGCAUUUUAACCAUUCUGAACAACAAGAGGUUGAAAUGAACCGCAAGAUGUGACAGCAAGCCAAAGAUGUUUGUAACAUUGCAUGCUAGAAUGCAUCUUUUGUGAACUACCUGGAACUGCUUGUCAAGCCUAACUGCUAAAUAAAAUUGGCUACUGUGGGCUGCAGACAAUGAAAGGCUUAUCUUUAUAUAGAACUAACAAGAGAAUAUAUAUAAUACUUUUAGGAGUGUCUAUUCAAUACUGCAACAAUAAUAUAACAUCUUGUUUCUAGUUAAAAUUGAUUGGCAGCCUUAAUUACAAUCUUCUCCUUAGCUGAACUAAAUAACUUACGCACAAAAAAGACUUGGCAAAACAUGAAAAACACAAUGACUUUAACCCCUUUUAAACCAAGGCAGUUCCAGUGCUGGUUCAGAGCCUAGAUCCAAAUCAGUUCUUUAUCUUUUGCCACACAUAUGACCACCUCUAAACCAAGACAGUGGUACUUAAUGCUGCGUUUAGACUGCACGAUUUUCAAAGUAGUUGUGUCACAGAUGUUUUCACUCUGCAUGACUAUCUGGGUUAGUGUUGUCAGUGCUGUGUUUGCACUGCAAGAUAGAUCGGUGACAGGGUUUCACAAUGCAUGACUUUACUAUAGGAAGAAUCGCCGGUCUCAACCAAACCCACGUAAGAAGUGACAUAGAAACAGUGCGAGGUCACAUUUGUCACAUAAUCUUUUGUUAUUAACUACAUAAUGAUAAAGAAGCCUUUAAUGGGGUAGAAAAUGUACUUAUUUUACUCACCGGGCUUUGAAGGGAAUUAGCAAUUUCUCCUCAACUUUUUUUCUUUUUCGACCCAGUUGUGGUAUUGCUCAGAUGACACGUCAAACAGACACAGAUGCUCCUGCUAAAUUUACACUAGUUUUUCCUACAUUUCUUGAGUCCACAUAAACUGUAAAUGAGCGCUUUUAACUUCUUCACCAACCUCCCGCUGGCCUUCAGAUACCCAUACUAGUGUAUGCUGCUCUCUGAUUGGCUGUAGGUGAUCGGCAAUGUUAUUUACAGUCAGAACACAUUUCACACGGCAUGAUUUGAAUCGCAGACAGCUCCAGAUAUUUAGCAUGCCAAAUAUCUCACAGUUGUCAGCAACUCAUCUGCGAUUCUCUCAGAUGGCAUCUUUGAUAGUUCAUACUGUGCGAUUGUCACUCAUGUGAAUGAGCACCGAUUUGCCUGUGCUUUCAGGCAUUUGUCUGCGAUCUCUCAAAACUUGUAGGCGAGUCAAAAUCAGGGCUAAAAUCAUGCAGUCUGAACUUAGCCUAAGUAUCACCAAAAUAUUGUUGGGCUAGAAGAAACAAUCGCUUGCAUAAAAAGCUGAAGAUGAAAAGAAAAUGUUUUGCACACCAUAUUUGAAAUAAUAGCACAAUAUAAUAUUGAACACAUUAUCGCAUCUAUGUCUGUCUACUCAAUCUUUGUAUUCUCAAUCUAUACAAUUUACGGUGCGCUACAUAAACAUGUUAUCAUCACUUGUAAUCUCCAUCUAUAAAAUCUACAGCACACUGUAUCAAUUGGUUGAAUUCCGAUAUAGGUUUGCAAAUUUAUUAGCAUCGCAAUAUAGAUGCCGUAUUUGGCACCUCCCCAUUGUUGUUGAUGGGGAAGAUGAAACAUAUGCAGUGACAUCAGCUCUGGCUCUAUGGUGGCUCUAGUGCAGAGAUGCCCAAAGUUGGCCCAUGCUUACUGUUGAUUUGGCCCACCAUCCCAUCUGAGAAAAGAGGGAGAACGGGGAGACGGUGUUUGGGGUGAAUGCCUUUGACAGAGAUUGUCAUUUCAAAUUCACUGUAACGUAAUAAAAAUGAUUCAAUUAAAUGUUGUAAGUGAAUCAGACUUAUAAAAUGUAAAUACUGUCACUUGACAGAUAGAGGUAGAGGUAAAUAAAGGUAAAGGCAGGAGCAGCUCGACUACUGUAGCAUUGAACUCCAUUGUGUUAUAAAUGAAAUUGAAAUUAUGAAAUUUAUUAUAAUUAAAUGAAAAUUAUAAAUGUUUUUGCCAUAAUAAGUACAUUAUAACAUCUUAAAAUGGUACUGCAUUAGGUAAUAUGAUUUAAAGUAACGUUUUCUAGUUAUUGUUUAACUUUACAGAAUGAAUUAGGAUAUUACAGACGGCAAAUUUAUUAAAUAUGCUUUGGUAUAUAUUCGGCCCACAUCCCUCAAUCAAGUUUGCUUUUUGGUCCUUUAUAGGAAAAAGUUUGGGCAUCCCUGGUCUAGUGGAAAAACAAAUCAGUUCUUAGAAGGCUUACCAGACUAACCAGCUUCGAACCGACAAUAGCACUGACUCUAAGGCCCAAUCGUAAUUCUACGCCUUAGCCCUUUCAAUUACCUAAUUGGGUAGAGGUGUCCCAAUUCUCUUUAGCUUGAAGGAGUAGGGCUAAGGGGAAGGGGUAGACAGCCCUUCAAACAGAGAUUUUUCAGGACCACACUCGAAACCAAGGGGUAAGAAAAUUUCCCAGAAUACACCAGCCACAACGGCAGUAUAGCUGCACCUGGAAGUGAGGAGAUCCACAAAUUAGUAUUUUUUUGUCAUUGUUAUGAAUUUUUACAGCAAACAAGCACAUGUUUUAAUACAAUCAUAACCGCGUUCGUGUUUUACCAUCAUGCUUUAAAAAAUUUUUUUUUUUAAAAACGCUAAAUUUCGCUAUCUAUAAUCCCCUAAUAAUAACUCCUGUAUAGCAGUCCCACAGCAUUCUGACACUCGAAUACCCUGUCAGAAAAGUCUAGUGGCUGGGAACGGGCUUCUUACAGUGUCUUCUAUAAUGUUAAUGUUGUUUUUGGUGUGUUUACAUAGAUGAAUAUGGCCAAAAAAUAAAUACCAAAAAACAACACAACUGGAAUAACUACAGCAAUAGCGAUUGUCUGAUCUCAUAUGAAGCAAGAGAUCGUGAUGACAUGUGAUGACGUGUGCAGGUGCUGUAGUGGUGUCCCAAUUCUUAGGGGUACA